GCCAUUUCCGUUUUCCUGCCCGCGCCUGGCAGGUGUUAUCCGCACAAUGAGGCUACAUGGGCAUCCAUUGGUCCUCUGUAGAGCCGGAUGAAAAUUUUGCCGAGGUUAUGAUACCGAAAAUUCGCAGAGCAGGGUUCAGUAAGGUCCGGCAGACUCCGCCCCCCUACCCUACGGCGGGAGACCUGGCCACCGACUUCCCGGAAACCAGCCACGCGUCCUGGAUCCUGACUCACUUCCAUUCACUUGGUCCUACAGGUGAACACGCGUCCCCCUGCCAGAGACAGGAGCCCAUUCACCCGCUACUAUGGAUGCAUCUCACACACACUCUCGGACAUCCUUCUCCAUGGCGACGUCGCGCACUGCCUGGCUACACGUUCGGGGAGAAGUUACUCGGGGAAAAGAUGCUUAACGAUGUAGAAAGAAUCAGCGAGAUCAAGCACUCCAUCAAGCCGUGGUUUCGCCACCAUCUCCUCCGCCCCCGCCCCCCUCCCCGCCCGGCCGCCCACAGCCCCUCUUUCAAGCAAAGGUAA